CAGACGCCAAAUGUCGCCAUCGAUCAAUGACAUUUUGUAAAGUUGAAUUUAUUGAUAUAAAGCGUUAAUGUAAAUAAUAAACAAUUUAAUCAUAAACGUCGACUUCCAGUCGAUAUGUAUGCCAAGGGCAAAGGCUCUACGGUGCCUUCGGACGCUCAGGCUCGCGAAAAGUUGGCUCUCUAUGUGUACGAGUACUUGCUUCAUGUUGGGGCACAGAAGGCGGCGCAGACGUUUCUCUCAGAAAUCCGAUGGGAGAAGAACAUAACGCUCGGGGAGCCGCCGGGGUUCCUGCACUCGUGGUGGUGCGUGUUCUGGGACCUGUACUGCGCGGCGCCUGAGCGCCGGGACACAUGCGAACACUCUUCAGAAGCUAAGGCCUUCCACGAUUACGGCUUCGUUAAUUCUGGCUACGGGGUGAACGGGAUUGGACACAAUGCCGGCCCGGCGCCGCCUAAUGACGGCAUGGGCGGCGGCGGCAUGCCGCCCGGUUUCUUCCCAAACUCCUCGCUCCGGCCGUCACCGCCCGCGCCCCACCCCGGCUCGCAGCCCUCCCCGCACGGACCGCAGCCGCAGCUCAUGGGCUCUCAGCCUUUCAUCGGACCCUGGUACUCGAGCGGACCCCGCCAACCUGUUAGGAUGGGGAUGGGCAACGAUUUUAACGGGCCGCCAGGUGGCGGCAUGAUGGGCAACUCGAUGGAGCGCGGCGGCGGCGGCGCGGCGGCGCUGCUGGGGCCGCGCAUGACGCCCCCGCGCCCCGGCCCCGGCUGCGGGCCCAUGUCCCCCGGGGCCUACUCCACCAUGCGCGGCCCCCCGCCGCAGGGCCCAGGUAUGCCACCAAUGGGGAUGGGUCCGCGCGGCGCGUGGUCGGGCGGCGUGGGCGGCGUGGGCGCGGGCGGCGCGCCGCUCAACUACAGCGGCGGCUCGCCCGGCUACGGCGCGCCGCCCGGCUCCAACGGCCCGCCCGGCCCGCCCACGCCCAUCAUGCCCUCUCCUCAGGACUCCUCUAACUCAGGGGGCGACAACAUGUAUACACUGAUGAAGCCGGUCAGCGCUGCUCUCGGGCCCGAGUUCCCGCUGGCCGGGGACCACGCCCCGCCACCGCACUUACCGCAGCCGCCGGCGAGUGAAGGUCUCGGCGGCGUGGACGGCAUGAAGUCAUCCCCCGGCGGCGUGGGCGGCGGCCCGGGGACUCCGCGGGAGGACUCGGGCUCCGGUAUGGGCGACUACAACUUAAGUUUCGGAGGGCCGGGCGGGGACCAGAACGACCAAACCGAAUCUGCCGCCAUCUUGAAAAUCAAAGAGAGCAUGCAGGAGGAAGCGAAACGAUUCGAGAAGGACCCAGACCAUCCGGACUAUUUCAUGCAGUGAAUUUGUUAAGGACGCCAACUUGUCAACAUUCGGUUUCGGCUAACGGGGUAUGGGACAUCACUAUUCAAGGUCAUAUUUUUUUUUUUUCGGUAUCUGGUUUCACAAUAGAGAUAUAAGUAAGCUUGUGUUCAGUCUAUGCAUUGCUUUUCUUUCUACUCUAUAUUUCAUAAAACAUUAAUGAUUUUAUUAAAUAACUUUUUUAAAAGUGGGGACUUACCUAUUGAUAUUCAUCUUAUUACAAGUAUCUGAAGUAACUUUGUGCACAGCUUACAUUUUAUUAUUUUCCAAAUUUAGCUUACUUAUUUCUGUAUUGUUUCGCAGUAUCAGAUAACACUGAAGGUUUAUACAUUUUUAUUUUGUUCCUAAAAGCAAUAUAGGAAUGAUAUAUAUUCGCUUGCAGCGUAAAACAAAGAAAAUAGUGUUAUAUUUCUAAUGGUUUAACACAAUUCGAGCCUAAGAAUUUAUAGGUACUACAAAAUGCCUGAAAAAAAAAUUUUUUUUUUUUUUUCAAAAUGGUUUUUAAUUUUAACUGAUUCUUAAAUAUAUACAAAGUUUAAAAGAUUAAAGUUAAUCAGACUUCGUAAGGAAUGUCCUCAACUCAGACCCCAUUUUGACACAAAUAUUUGUAUGAUCUCAAAUUUAUCCUAAAAUGUUGGUUGGCGAUCUUAUUCCUGAUCUGAUGAGUUAUUGUGUAAGCUUCGAAGUUUCUUUGCUGCCGGCCUAGCCAAGGUGUCAAUCGUUGACGCUCGAAAUCGAAAUGCAGUCUGGCUCUGUCGCGAGUGUCGCGACUCUACAGAAGAGCGGGGAUACCUAUGAUACGUUAAGGAGAGUAUUAAGCGAUUGAGACGUUGGUUAGGUACCCUGGUUUAUUUAUUUUAAUUUAUCCCUUCAUUUCUCGGGUUUUAGUAAACCGCAGUAUUUUCGACGAUUUAUUUAUUUCGAAUCACAAUUUUUAAAAUAUAUUAGUAAAAUUUUACAACUUUUUUUAACCCUCGAAUGCUUCGUGUCACUUUGAACCUUGACAACCCACUAAAGUGGAUAUUUUACUGUAGCUCGCGUAUUUGGUAGUCCAAGGGCUAACAGGUAUUUAUUUUUAACUUUGAUUUCGUCUUAACUAUCCGAUUUUAUGUAUAUGAAGAUGGAAUAAUAAAUUUACUGUGGAAAUAGUGUAAUAAACGAAAUUCGUUAGAAAAUUGUUCGUGUAUUAACAACAUUUUAGUGUCUUUUCGAAUAACAUAUAAUUUAUGUAUGUAUUGAUUUUACAUAGGUAUUUUUAUCUGUGACGUGAUUUCAAGUAUUCUCAUAUUUGAAGUUGAUUUUAUUAUGUUCUCUUCCGUUGUAGCAGGAUUAUAAUGUAUAAGAAACCGAUUUUAAAUGCAGCUAUGUUAAUACAGAAUCAAUAGUAAACUUUAAGUACCCUUUUUCUAUUUAUUGAUAUAGAUAAGUGACCUAUUUUAUUUUAAUUUUUGACAUUAAAUUUUCAUUUUUUGCAAUUUUAAUAUUGUUUCUGCUUAGAAAUAAUUGCUAUUUCCAUUGAAGUGUCUCAUAGCUUUCAUAAUUUUUUCCUUCCUGCUAUUGCGUUACUAUACUAAGUCUAUUGUGAUUUUGAGAAAAAAAAGUAAAUCUAAAGAGUCUAUGUAUGCUUGUUAUUUCUAAAAGUCCUAAAUAAAUCAAGGCUACUUAUAGUUUUCGGAUUAUUCCUAUAUGUAUACGCAGCUUAUUAUUACUUUACAAAACAAAAACGUUCACUUAAACGCUAUGUAUGUUCCAUAGUUUGUAACAGAAUUACGUUAAUUUAUUUUCAACGCAAUUUCUUUUGUUUCUUAAACGCUUUAUGAAUAUAUUUUUAAGUCAAACCAAACUAUUUUGACAAUGAUUUUGAUACCACAGAUUGCACAAAGACAUUCUAAAUUCUAUCAAUUUAGAAUGUUUACUUAACAACAUCUACCAUAUCAAAAUCGCUGUAAACUUAGCUUGGUCUGACUCUAUUUAACCCUGCUACAAUUGAAGCUAUCUCAAAAGCGCACCAAUGUUAGAUUUGUGUGUUUUUACAUUUAUAAACUAAAAUCUUCCACGUUUUAAUAAAUUAUUUAGAGUAUUUCGUUUUAAGCUCUUAAUGUUCCUAGAUUUGUAUUUUUUAUUUUUUAAGUUCACAACGCGGUUUCCGCGGGUUUUAUAGAAUUAGAAAAAAUGCGCAAAAAUAUAUUAAGAAACCUUUUACAAUUGGUAUUCGUUGC